CCUCCUCCUCCUCACAGACACCGGCACCGAGCUCCGCCAUGGGGGACAGCAGGCUUUCUCCUCCGGGGGGUGAGAGCAGCCGUACGGGAGAACAGAACGGAGGCAGCAUUAGUAAUGGAGACGGUGAGGAGGAUGAACCUCUGCUCAGGAAGAAUCCCCGUCGUUUCGUCAUCUUUCCCAUCCAGUAUCCCGACAUUUGGAGAAUGUACAAGAGGGCGCAGGCUUCCUUUUGGACUGUGGAAGAAGUGGAUUUAACCAAAGACCUUGCCCACUGGGAGAAGCUGACAUCGGAUGAGAAGAGCUUUAUUUCCCAUAUUUUGGCUUUCUUUGCUGCUAGCGAUGGCAUCGUUAACGAGAACCUGGUGGAACGCUUCAGUCAGGAGGUCCAGAUACCAGAAGCUCGAUGUUUUUAUGGCUUUCAGAUUCUCAUUGAGAACAUCCACUCGGAAAUGUACAGCCUGCUCAUCGAGACGUACAUCAAGGAUCCUCAGAGUCGAACUUUUUUGUUUAACGCCAUUGAAACAAUGCCGUGCGUUAGAAAAAAAGCGGAAUGGGCCUUGCAGUGGAUAUCAAACAGGAAAGCCUCCUUUGGAGAGAGAAUUGUUGCGUUUGCUGCUGUAGAAGGGAUCUUCUUCUCUGGAUCUUUUGCCGCUAUUUUCUGGAUGAAAAAGAGAGGUCUGAUGCCCGGACUCGCCUUCUCCAAUGAACUGAUCAGUCGGGAUGAGGGUUUACACUGUGAUUUUGCAUGUUUAAUGUUUCGCCACCUGGUGAAUAAACCCACACAAGAGCGAGUCACCAAGAUCAUAGUCAGUGCGGUGAGGAUAGAACAGGAGUUUUUAACAGAAGCUUUACCUGUGGAUCUCAUUGGCAUAAACUGCAGGUUAAUGAAAACUUAUAUAGAAUUUGUGGCAGAUCGACUGCUCGGGGAACUUGGGUGUUCAAAGGUAUUUAAUGCAGAAAAUCCUUUUGACUUCAUGGAAAAUAUUUCUCUGGAGGGAAAAACCAAUUUCUUUGAGAAGCGCGUCUCAGAAUAUCAACGUUUUGCUGUUAUGUCUCAAACAGCGGAUAAUGUCUUCACUUUGGAUGCAGAUUUCUGACUGUGUGGAGCGAUGCCUGGCAUUCCUCACCCGAAGAAGUACAGCACUGUGUACACGAAGGGCUGAGGCCAAGCCUAGGACUUCUGCUCACCCCCUUAGAUGGUUUUCCAAGUGACUGCUGCUAUGUAACAUGCCAAAGACUCUUCUUUUCACAAGAAACACCUUGUGUAUGAAGAACAUAUAACCACAGAGAUAUAAUUGUUAAAGCCAUGUCUACACUUAAAGGGUAUGUCCACCCAGCCAACUGUUUUUUAUCAUUGUUCUAAUGAUGUUUUAAAUUUGCAAAUAGUUUUACUUCCAGUAUCUUACUAUUUUAUAUAUACAGUUUAGAGAUGAGUGAAUCGAUUCAUUAGGAGGAGGUCUUCACCUGUGAGGGGCUGUCCCCACAGCCGAAGAAGCUCCCACCUGCCUGUUGAUUGUCAUCACCAAGCUAGAUGUCCGGCCCUGUCAAUCUGGACCGGGGCGCUGAAGCUCAAAGCAGGAGGGCCUCAAAGCUUCAGGAGGAGCGACUAUGUAUGCACAGCUACACUUCUAGAUUGCGGUGCAAGCGCAGUCGCUGCUCCCAGAGCCGAAUUUGAGUUUUGGUGCCUGCAUUGGUACUCGGAGCAACGGCACAGGGCCCGGAUUGGGUCAAGGCCGACCCUUUCAAUCUACAGGCGGGUGGGCACUCCUUCAGCGGUGGGGAGAGACCCUCACAGGUGAAGAGCUCCUGCCAAUGAGACAAAUCGAUUUGUUAGAAUCAAUUCGCUCAUCCCUAAUACAGCUCCUUAUGGUCUCUUCUUGGUUACAGAUUCAAACCAAAACCCUGGUCCUUCAGACUGAAUAAGGGUAUGUUCAUGUUCAGUAACCACAGGGACACAUAACUCUGCAUAGAGGCUCUAGACACAAAACAUCAAGCUAUACUUAAAUGCAUUGGAGCGAGGAAAAAAAUUGUUGAAAAGGUGGACAUGCUCUUUAAUCUUCAAGGAUGGGAAAAGGGUGAACUUACUAAUGCUAAAGAUGGUGUAGGCUUAGACCCACAGGGGCUCAGGCUAGAGGAUAAAUCUGGUGCAGGGACAGACUCUUUUCUCUGACUCUAUACCAACUAUUGGUUGUCUUAAUGUGUGACAGAAUAUUACACCAGA